GCCGCCUCAGGUGCUGCGGGGGGGCGGCUCCCGCCACGCGAGCAGCGGCCGCGGGUCCCAUACGGCUUGGUUUCGGUUCGUUUCGGUUCUGUUCGGUUCGGUUCGGCUCGGCUCGGCCGCUCCUCUGCCUCAGGGGAGGAGGACAAAAGGCAGCAAAUUAAACAAGUUCUGCACAGCUGGGGCAUCCUGAAUGGUUCUGGCUUACAGAUGGCUUCAGUAACAGAUGCCAGAUACAGGCAGAAAGAUACUUCAGAUCAAAAUUUUGAUUACAUGUUCAAACUCCUGAUCAUUGGCAACAGCAGCGUGGGUAAAACAUCCUUCCUCUUCAGAUAUGCUGAUGACACUUUCACACAAGCCUUCGUUAGCACAGUAGGAAUUGACUUCAAAGUGAAAACAGUUUAUAGGAAUGACAAGCGGGUGAAACUGCAGAUUUGGGAUACAGCUGGACAAGAAAGAUACAGGACCAUCACUACAGCUUACUACCGAGGAGCCAUGGGCUUCAUCCUCAUGUAUGAUAUCACCAGUGAAGACUCUUUCAAUGCAGUGCAGGACUGGGCCACUCAAAUCAAGACAUACUCCUGGGACAAUGCACAAGUGAUCCUGGUUGGAAACAAAUGUGACAUGGAGGAUGAAAGAAUUGUUCCUGUGGAGAAGGGAAAACAUCUGGCAGAUCAACUAGGUUUUGACUAUUUUGAAGCUAGUGCCAAAGAAAACAUCAACGUAAGGCAGGUGUUUGAGCGUCUUGUGGAUAUAAUCUGUGAAAAGAUGUCAGAGAGUAUAGAAUCAGACUCUUCCAGGGGCACUUCUGGAAGGAGCAUGCGACUGACAGACAACCCACCCCCUUCCCAGCAGAACUGCUCCUGCUAGUGAGCUUUCUUCCUGAGAAAUGUCAUCCUCUUUUCCUGGCUAAACUUUAUAUUUUCGUUUGUGGUGGUGUUUUAUCAUGUAGUCCAAAGGCAGAAGUCUCAGUUGUAGGAAAUUGGUAUGUUUGUUUAAUGUGCUGAAGUGUUAAUAAUAUAUAUUUCCUCAUCCAUUAAUUAUAAAAAGAAAAUCCUACUAAAUAUUGUAAGUGCACCUAGUGUUCAUGUGAGUUCCACUGAAGAAAAGCAAUUAUAUAGUGUUGCAAAUGUUAUUUCCACAGAAAAUGUUGCAUUUUUAAUUUUAAGUUCCACUACUGCAGAAAGGUUUUUUGGUGAAGAACAUCAGGAAACACAAAAAAAAAACCAUCAGAAGGGACCAGGCCUAAAAGAAAAUGGGGUAAAAAAAAAAUAAUUCUUAAAAUGCAAGAAUAUUCUGGGUUUUUUUACAUUUAAAAAGAAAAUAAUCAUCUGUCCCCAGAUAGGUUGAGUCAUUGCUGUCCUCUAGACAUGAGCCUCAGCUUUGCUGUACGAUGGAGCAGAGAGAGCAAAGAAUUUCUGUCUGGCAGUUUGAGCAGAGAGCCAAGAGCACAGGAGGGAUCCAGACUGCCAGGUAGGAGAGGAGGCUGUGCAGCCAAAACUUUGUUUCCCUCUGCUCUUGGCUGAUGCUGGGCAAAGGAGCAGGAGCCCUUCCAGGGGCUUCCCCUUCCCUGCAACCUUCUCCAGUGUCACCAGGAAGGGCUCGCAGGGUGCUGGGGGUGUUGUUGUUGUGCUCAGCUUCUUGUUGCUGUCCCUAAUAAUUAAUUUCUAGAAGCCCAAGAACUGCCUAUCCUGCAGCUUUCCCACUGUGUCCCUGCAGAUUUACCCCUGCGGGUUUGGAUCUGCUCUGGUCAGCUUCUUCUUGAUGGGUUUGUGGCAGGAUGAUGGGAAGGAGGAGUUGGCUGCUGCUUAGUUGGAGGCCAAAUCUGGCCUGUGGGUCUUAAAGAUAAAAAUAUCAGGAAAGAUUGCCUCAGAAAGAUAAAAAUAUCAGGAGCCAAAAUGUGAGUGUUGGGAAGUAUUAGUGCCAAUAUCAUUGGAUUUUCAUUCUGCACUGUAUUGUUGAUUUAUUUUAAUUUUGUGCCAGUGUGUGUGGGGGUAGGUUUUUUUUCUGGGUUCAGAUUCAACUACAAAGCAUAACUUAAAAAAGAGGAAGAUUGAUAAGUAAAACAUAACAGAAAAUGAAAAAUGGCAAAAAGGUGUCCUGUUAAAGAGUUAUUCCGUGGGCAUCUUGUUGCAUCAUUCUUUGAGGGGAGGAACGAUUUUUAACACCUAACAUGUAAAAUAUUCUUGUAUUUCCAGCAUCUCUAAAAUUACAAAACCACAUUGUUUUGUAAUUACAAAACCACCUCUGUGUGUGUGUUACCCACGUGCAGAGCUUGUGUUUUUCUGAAAGAUACAGAGCAGUUCCUUGGGCCAGCCUGUGGAAUUUGGUACCCCCUAUGGCUCUGUUGUGAUCGUGCACUUGUUGACUGCAAAGUGUGUCUGUAAAUGUAAAUUAGGUGGAUACAGAGAGAAGUUUGCUGUCUGAAGGUGAAAAAUCUGAAGUGUUUUAUGGCUUUGUGUCCCCCUGACUGAGGAGGCUUUCUGAUGUCAGACCCUGGAGUCAGGUAUUUGCCCACUGGGCUGUGUUGGAUCAUGGCACUAAUCAAUGCUUUUGUAAUUUUGUUCUGCUGUGUCUCAAAGUGUAAUAGUUCUAAGUAAAAAAAAAAAAACAACAAAAAAAGCACAGUAUUCUGGAGAGAAAUACAACUACGUUGAUGUAGUUUAAACCCAUUGUGCUAAAGGCUGGAUCCCUUCUUUUGUUUGUGUGUUGCUUCCCGAAAUCUCUGCUGUGACCUGUUUGGAGCGUGUGUGAUCCAGUAGCAAAAGUGCAAUUUGUGUGGCACUAGAAAUGUGGUUGUUGUAUCUCAGCCCCCUGAAAACACAAAAUAAAAGUUGGUCACCUGGUGUGGCCUGGCCAG